AUGCGCUGGUCUGCCUCUCGAUCUCCUUCGGCUGCUGGGGUCAAGUUUUGGUAUUGGAUCGCAGGCGUUAUCCUGUCAACACCACCAACCAAACACCGUCUACUCGUCGCCGCUCCCUGUCAUUCCCCUCCCUUCUUCCCAUCCUUCCACCUUCUCGGUUUCUGUCACAAGAGUGAGGAAAAUUUUUAUAUUAUUCGGGCGUCUCCUCCUCCUCGCGGAAUCUCCCACCCCCCACAUUCACACCGCCGUAUCCACUGUCCUUCAUACACUCUUCUCCCUAUUGUUGUCAACUUUUUGACACUACCCAUCCCGAACCCACUGCUGGUAGAUCGUUCGCGAGAGUCAUCAUUGCUAUUUUCUAGGACUAAUUACGCUCCUAUUUACACAAGGGACAAUCACUGCCGACAAAGAUCCUCCUUGUCGAGUAUGUUCUUCUCUGCCGCUUCUGCUGCAACUCCGAGCAACAAAUCGGGUGAUGGCGAUAGGGCCGAUUCCGAGGAGGAGACUGUGGUGGACGAUGGGGAGAAGAACAUGCUACUCUCGAUAAUAUCACAGCUUCGACCGGGUGCAGACUUGAGCCGAAUUACACUACCGACCUUCAUCUUGGAGCCGAAGAGUAUGUUGGAGAGAAUCACAAACUUCAUGCAACACCCUGAAACAUUACUCCCGAUGAGCGAGGUAGAGGAUCCUACAGAGCGGUUUAUAUCGGUUGUUAAAUUUUAUCUCAGCGGAUGGCACAUUAAACCCGCAGGAGUCAAGAAGCCAUUGAACCCUAUUCUUGGCGAGUACUUUACAUGCUAUUGGGACUUUAACGAAACGUCUGGAACCCAAGCUUUCUACAUUUCCGAGCAAACUUCGCAUCAUCCUCCAAAGUCUUCAUAUUUUUACAUGGCCCCUCACCACCACAUCCGUAUCGAUGGUACACUAAAGCCACAAUCUCGAUUCCUCGGGAAUUCGGCCGCCUCUAUGAUGAACAGCUCUGUUGUGGUCCUCCGGCUGCUUAACCGGGGUGCUGCGUACAUCUUGACCCAGCCUAACAUGUACGUUCGGGGGAUUCUCUUUGGAAAAAUGAAAUAUGAACUUGGCGAUCACUCAUAUGUCAAGUGCCCCGAAUUGGAUCUGGUAGCCGAUAUAGAGUUCAAGGUCAAGGGGUUUUUCACUGGAGCGUAUAAUGCUAUCGGUGGUUUUAUCAAGAGGGAAAGCACCGGUGAGAUUUUGUAUGAGAUAACUGGUAGUUGGAAUGGUGAAAUGUUCAUCAAGGAUGCUCUGACGGGUAAAAGGGAUUUGCUCUUUGAUGCCACGAACGCAAGCCCUACACCCCCGCUCGUCCGGCCGCUGUCUGAGCAGGAUGGUCGCGAAUCCCAGAAACUGUGGAAUCCUGUUACCUCCGCUUUGAAGAAGAGAGAUCAAGAUGCCGCAACAGAGGAAAAGUUCCGGGUUGAAGAUAGGCAACGAGAGGAGGCUAGGUUGAGGGAAGCCGAUGGGGUAGAAUGGACCCCGAGGUUCUUCCGAAGGGUUGAUCCUGUAAGAGGAGAAGAGGAAGAAUUGGAUUGGGUUAUCUCAACUCACAUUGAUGGGGCAACGCCCGAGGAACAAAUCAAGCAAAUUCUCACCAUUGCCCCCAUACUUACUGGGGUUAGACGAAACAGCAAAUAUGACAUCCCGCCUCAUCACUCUCAUCACGAAAAGACACUAGAGGAGACCAAAGGAGAUUCCAAUUUACUAGAUGUAUCGUCUCACCUGCAACCUGCUAGUGCCGAUACUCAGGUACAUAGGACACCACAACCACCACCCGCUCUUGAAGUAGACUUGAUAGAUUUCGGAUCGGAGGCUAAUGUAAAGGGCGAUGGCUUGGGGCCUGCUUUGGUGCCAACCAGUAAAGGAAUUGCUGCAGCAGGACGUUUCGGCUCAUCGGGUCUCGAUGAUAUGCAGGAACUCGGAGGAUCCUUGCCGGAGACAAAGACAGGAUCGAGACGCGAAAAGUUAGAACCAAAGCCGGCGGGGAGCAGUAUUGUGAUAAAUGACGACGGUGACAGCGACAGGUUUGAGGAUGCAGUGGAAAAGUAGGUUUGGCGAUUGGUGAAUUCAACAUGAACGGGCCGGUACUGGGGCGGGCAAAGGAGCAUUGGCACUAGACAAUUCACCGAGCAUAAUUGGCGUAGGCGUGGGGCAAGUAUCUCUUUUUUUUUUUUUUGCAAGGAACCUGAUGUGUAUAACAUUGCUAUUUGGCUUUCUAUUAUUGCCCUUAUCCCCAUAUUUUUUUAUUCCAAUCUCAGUCUUACCCUUGGCUAUCGUUUUUUCUUUUCGUUCGUUUUUAUAUCCUACGAGAUUUGUGUUUCGCGUGUAGACUUGUUUUCUGCCCACGGUUUAGAAGCGGGUGGGUGUUGCUAGAUGGGGGGGGUACGUGAACCAAUGCGAUGUGUGAGGGUUGUUGUGAACGCCAUGGCGCAUGUUGAGAAAGAAUAUAAAGUUAGAUUUGAGUGGG